AUGUCGAAUCAACACGAGGACCACCAGGAGCCAACAAGAAGGCCAAACCCAAAGGGCUGGGUACCACCAAAAGCCCCUUACAAUCCCUACGACCCUACAGAUGUUCGUCCACCACAGGGAUACCCUUCAGAAUUUCAAAUACCCGGCCAACAGCCACAAGGAUUCUCAUCUAUUCCCAAGCAGCCUACCCAGUAUCAAAAAGUAAACGAAACGAUGGAGAGAUUGAACUAUACCGCAAGACCAAUAUCAGACUUGUAUCCAAAUCAAUACAAAAUUCUACGUCGUGUUGACACCAAUAAGAAGCUACACUUGGGGUCAAGAUGGUUUGGAACAUUGAUAGGAGGGUCGGUUAUUUUUUACUUUACGUUCUUCUACAGAUGGAAUGAAGGGAGGGAUAACGUAUUUAGUGACUUUUAUCGAAGUCAGUUAUGGUUGAAAGAGAGGCUAUUGGGUGGACUAAACGAACAAGACUAUGAUGAUUUGCAUUUUCCAAAACAGGGAUAUUCAGUAUUGCACAGUGUUAAGGAUGCUCAGUACAUUCCGGACGACUUGAGAAAAACACAAGAGGGUGAGUUUGUUCUCAACAGACCUAGUGAGAGGCAUCUUCUUGAAGCUGAGAGAAUACAGCAGGAGAAAGAGGAGCAGAUGUUGCGAGAGAUGGAUAUGCAUCGUGCAUAUGCCAAGGAAUUGGAUAACGAAGUUAAAAAAAAGAAGAAGUGGUUUGGUAUAUUUUAA